ACGUCCUCAUCCGGGCGGGGCUCCCCAAUCCCGAACUUGGCAAGAUUCGGAUGCGCCCGAUGCCGCCAACAUCAUCUCAAAUGCGACAGAGUGACACCAAUCUGUGGCAGAUGCCGGACCGCGGACGAGCCAUGCCUACCGCCAGGCCUCAAGAUCCGCGAGACCAACAAGUACAAGUUCAAGUUUGCAAAGAAACAGAGGUGGAUCAAGACUCCACGAAGACUGGUCUUUAUCGAUGAGUCGCAGACUAUCAUAAACGAUGUGUCGAGCCCGGAUAGCGGACCCGACGACUUCGAGGCGGCAUGGGACUCCCCUCCCGUCGCCGAGGGAGAGUGCCACAGCAAUACUUCGCCCAUGCCGCCUUACCGGCCCCCCUCGCCUCCAGACCGUUCGCGGUUGAUGGCCAUCUCGUCCGUUGUCGAUCCGCUUCCCCCGGUCUGGCCCCUCACGAGUCCCGAAGAGGCCGUCCUCUUCCGCCACUUCAUGGAUAAGCUGGCCACGUGGCUUGACUUGUGCGACCCGUACCAUACCUUCCAGAACAUCGUCCCCCAUCGGUCAAGGGACUGCCAGGUGCUGCUAAGAGCCAUAUUUGCGCUCUCGGCGCGGCACUUGGGGCAAACACACCAUGACGGCAACCAGAGGAAGCGAUAUAACCAGCUAGCGGACACGCACAAUGCCGCCUGCAUCAACAUCAUGAAGUGUCUCCUGACGAGCAAAAACUACAAAUCCUUGUGGACCGAGCAUCUCUUUGCCGCCACCAUCAUCCUCCAGGUCAUGGAAGAGAUGAACGCUGGACUCCGAGAUGACGCCGACAACGACGUGGACGAAACCCACGAGGCUUUGAAGCGGGGCCACCUGCCGGGCAUGUACCGGUUCGUCGGGGUGCAGUCCUUCGGGCCGGGAACCCUCGGCGCCGCGUCGUUCUGGGUGGGGCUGCGGCAGGAGAUUUACAUCGCCGUGACGAAGCGGCAGCCGGUAUGCCUGUACCUCGUCCACCCCGGCCUCGUGGACAGGUCGCUCGAUGAGCCGCCGGAGGACGACUUCGCGUGGGCAAACGUGGCCGUGGUGCACUGCGCCGAUGUGGUCAACUUCUGGCUCGCGCCCGAGAAGCAUGAGCCGCACUCGUGGGAUGAGCUGAACAGCUGGAACCGGCAAUGGGCCGAGAAGCUGCCGCCGUCAUAUGAUCCCUUCUUCACAGAGCCGCCGGGGUCGAGUGUUUUCCCGGGGAUCUGGUAUCAUCAGGGCUGCCAAGGCAAGUGGGAUUUGGUUGUUGGUUGGGUUCGGACAUGCGCUAAUGAGCCGGGCUUUGUGGCAACAGUCAUUGGGGUACAACACCACAGGCUCGCAACGCUCUUUCUGUUGGACCACCGGCUGAGACCCGGCAACCUGCUGAAAGCCAAGGAGAGAGCUAGUGUCGAGGAACGUAUUCGGAAGACCGUCCGUGAAAUCUGCGCCAUCGGACGCGGGAACCAGUUCACGCCGCCGGGUGUAUUCACCGCCUGCAUGGCGAUAUCGGCUUUUGGACACUAUUUUCACAGGGUCGAAGAGCAAGACGCCAUGCUCGCCAUUCUGGAACAGACGCAGAAGGACUACGCCCGGCCUACCGGGUGCGUGAGGCGGGAGAUGCUCCAGGCCUGGGGGCGACAUACCGGUGUGCCCAAUCCGUUGGAUAGGAUACUGCCGCACAUGAAUGGUAACGGUGUGUGAAACAACCAAUGACCAAAACUGUGAGGUUGCCUCGGAGCCUGAGGCGGCGCGGUAAACGAAGAUACGCCACCCGCGCUGGAUACGGAACUGUUUGAUCUCACCUUUUACGAAGAGUCUUGGCGGUAUAUCAGGAAACGUUGUACCCACGAGUGCCACGCAAGUUGGGUGGGUUGAUGAUGAUUAACCUUGGUCUCAAGGGGUCGACGGCAUGGCGAGAAGAACCGUGGCCCGUUUGACGUGGGACUUCCCAUGAAGUCUUCUUACUCUAGACCUUUGAAGCACGAAUAGAAGCAUAGAUACGCAAGUAUAGGUACUCCAUGACUUAUUCGCGCUUUCGGUGAGCCUUGUUUACCCGGUGGAGGGGUUAAGGGAAGGAGGGGGAAGGGGUGUCAAAAAGAGGGU